GGCGGCGCGCGGGGGAUGCGCGAGCAGCGGCGGCGGCGGCGGAUCCCGAUCCCGGUGGGGGCUGCGGCGGGAGGCGGGGGCGGUGUCCGCCAUCAGCGCCGCCAUGCUGAGCCGCAGCUCGUUCACCAGCCUGGUGGUGGGGGUGUUCGCCGUGUACGUGGCACACACCUGUUGGGUCAUGUACGGCAUCGUCUACACGCGGCCCUGCGCGGCGGCGGCGGCGGCCGGCGCUGCCGGGGGGUGCGUCUGGCCCUACCUGGCGCGGAGGCCCAAGCUGCAGUUAAGUGUGUAUACUACCACACGGUCAAGCAUUGGUGCUGAGAGUAACAUAGAUCUCGUUUUGAAUGUGGAGGAUUUUGAUAUUGAGUCCAAAUUUGAAAGGACAGUGAAUGUCUCUGUACCAAAGAAAACGCGAAAUAAUGGCACAUUAUAUGCAUAUGUGUUUCUUCAUCAUGCCGGCAUUUUGCCUUGGCAUGAUGGUAAGCAGGUGCAUAUAGUAAGCCCUCUGACCACAUACAUGGUUCCCAAACCAGAAGAGAUUAAUUUGCUCACUGGAGAAUCAGCCACACAGCAAAUUGAAGCAGAAAAACAGACAAAUGCACUGGAUGAACCUGUCUCUCACUGGAGGUCAAGAUUAACCUUAAAUGUCAUGGUGGAAGAUUUUGUGUUUGAUGGGUCAUCCCUCCCUGCUGAUGUUCAUCGUUACAUGAAAAUGGUUCAGUUGGGGAAGACAGUGCAUUACCUUCCAAUAUUAUUUAUUGAUCAGCUAAGCAACAGAGUGAAAGAUUUGAUGGUGAGUAAUAGAAUAUCUUUAAUUAUGUUUAACAGUUUUAACAGUAAUCUUCACUGUUGUUUUAAUUAAGAUUUUUUUCAUUGG